AUGGAGAUGAGGGAUAGCAGGUUCCUUCGGCCCCCAGUGACAUCUGUCGCGGCCGGCGCCGGCAAGAGCCUCGCGGACCCCGCCGCCGGGGACACGGCGGCCACCAACCUGUCGUCGUCCUCGGGCUCCUCCUCCUCGAUCUGCACUCCGGACUUCCUGAGCCAGGUUAACGCCGCCAUCAAGCGGCAGCCGGCAGAGGCCUCUCGAUUAGGUUUUUCUACUCCAGAUGAGUGUACUUUGGCUACACCUUCAACGUUGGGAAAUAUCACGGAUGUCUGUGAUCGGAAUGUUGGUCAGAACCACCACCGGAUGUGUGAAGCAGAUCAAAUGGCAGCUCACGAUUCAUUGGUUGGGGAAGCUUUCAAGAAAGAGCAGUUCUUUUCAGUUGGUGGUCGACAGAGUGAUAAUGUAGCAGUCACUGUUGACAGUAGAAUGGACAGCAUGUUGUCUUAUCUACAUUCUGUUUCAUUGACAGCAAGAGAUAAUUUUCCGGCAAAUCAAGGACCACAUGAUCUUGAAAUUGCUGAUGAAGCAGUUGAUAUGGAUAUCAAGUAUGAUGCAGUGAAUUUGCAUGAACGGGGGAUUGAGGAGGCUUGUAAUCAGAAUCAUGCCGAGCCACUGACCCGUUGCUCAGCCAUUGGUUCAUCUACUGCUGUGUCACUACAUUCAGGGCCUACUGUCCGAAGUACACAAGCUCCACAGUCUAUGUCUGCUAGGGAUGGUGGUGGUUCCCAGCCUAGCAAGGUUGAGAAGGAGCGUGGUAAGAAGAAUUAUGAUCCCAAUGUAUUCUUCCUGAGCCAGGUUAAUGCCGCCAUCAAGCGGCAGAGGCCUCUCGUCAACAAGUUCAGAAUGUGGACAAUGGUGUCCACGGACAAGGCUGUUUCUGGCAUUGGUAGUCGUUUGUCGAAUGACCAGUCUAUGUCUGCUAGGGAUGUUGGUGGUUCCCGGACUAGCAAGGUUGAGAAGGAGCGUCGUAAGAAGAAUUAUGAUCCCAAUGUAUUCUUUAAGGUGAAUGGGAAACUUUACCAGAAGCUUGGUAAAAUCGGCUCUGGGGGUAGCAGUGAGGUUCACAAAGUUAUAUCAGCUGAGUGCAUAAUAUAUGCCUUGAAAAAGGUCAAGCUUAAAGGCCGUGACUACCCAACUGCCUAUGGCUUUUGUCAGGAAAUCGAGUACCUAAAUAAGUUGAAAGGAAAAGGCAAUAUCAUACAGCUGAUUGAUUACGAGGUCACUGAUAAAAGUUUACUCCUAGAAGAUUCCAUGUCACCCAGAAAGGAUGGAAGCAUUAAAGAUGAUCACUACAUUUACAUGGUCCUUGAGUAUGGGGAAAUUGACUUGGCUCAUAUGGUUGCUCAGAAGUGGAAGGAGAGGAAUAGCUCAAAUAUGAAAAUAGAAGAAAAUUGGCUACGGUUUUAUUGGCAGCAAAUACUUGAAGCUGUCAAUACAAUACAUGAAGAACGAAUAGUGCACUCUGAUUUGAAGCCUGCCAACUUUAUGCUCGUGAGGGGUUCACUUAAGCUUAUUGACUUUGGCAUUGCAAAAGCUAUAAUGAAUGAUACCACGAAUAUUCAACGCGAUGCUCAGGUAGGAACACUGAACUACAUGUCACCUGAAGCAUUCAUGUGUAAUGAUCAGGACUCAGGUGACUACAAGACUUUCUGGGCGAAAUAUAAAGAAGUCACUAAUAGGAACCACAAGAUUAAGUAUGACACAGUUGACAAUCCAUGGCUUAUUGAUUUAAUGCAAAGGUGUCUUGCCUGGGACCGAGAUGAACGAUGGAGAAUACCUCAACUGCUUCAGCACCCUUUUCUCAAUCCUCCGGUUCCAUUGGAUUUACCUCCCAUUGAUCGUGAUCCAUGUGGGUUCCAAGACUUUGUUCGGAGGAUCAGAGUUCACUGGGAUAAUCCUGUGGUUGCAAGACUACGUUCAGAGAUUGAAAAACUCGGUGAGGAUCAGUGCUAG